AUCUCAAUUCAAACUGCAAAAGUUAUGGCUGCAGUGCAUGUUAACUUCUAUUAUAGUAUGUUGUUCUAAUUGUUCUUUUAUAUUAGUUAUUGUUAAUCUCUUACUGUGCCUAAUUUAUAAACUAAGCUUUAUCAUACAUAUGUAUAGGAGAAAACAUAGUCAAUGUAGGAUUUGGUAUUGUUUUUGGUUUCAGGCCUCUGCGGGAAGGUCUUGAGAUGUAUCCCCAGCAGAUAAGGGAAGACUGAUGUAUUGUGAUAUUUUUCUCUCUAUAUUAUGGCCUGUCAGAGUCUGUUUCCCAAUGUCUUUGUUUCAGACCUUUGAAUUUUCUGUAUUUAAUCAUAAAGGUUUCUUGGAUUAAUGAGUAUAGUAGACCCCUUUCAUCCUCAGGAGAUGUGUUUUAAGAUCUCCGGUGGAUGCCUGAAACCGCAGAUAGUAUAUAACCCUGUAUAGACCUAUACCAUGUUUUUUCCUAUACAUACCAAUCUAUGAUAAAGUUUAAUUAAUAAAUUAGGCACAGUAAGGAAUUAACAGCAAUAAUUAAUAACAAAAUAGAACAAUUAUGGCAAUUUAUUGAAAUAAAAAUUACAUGAAUGCUCACUCUCAAAAUAUCUUAGUAUUUUCAGACUGUGAUUGAUUGAGGGUAACUGAGCCACAGAAAGCAAAACUGUAGAUUAAGGGAAGCUACUAUAAGUUAAUGAAUAUAAGAAACACCAAGAAGAAACAGGAUAUGAGUAAACACCUGCUAUGAAAGAUAAAAAUAAAUAGUUGUAAUGAUAGCAAUUACCAUUUAGGGUAAAAGGUAAAAGAAAAAGCCAUGAUAGUUGAUCUACAGUUAGAAUGAAAUUGUAUUUAUUGCUCUGAAUAGAAAGCAUAGGUCUCUUUUUACUUGCAUGCCUGAUACAACAGAGAAAGGUAGAAAGACUCCUUUCUACAACUUAUUUUCUGUUUUUGCAAAUGCAGAUAAAACUGAUAAGUUUCAUCCUGUGACAAGAAAUUUCUAAUAUAUUUGAAGAAUUACAAUCUCUUUGGCUAGCAUCUACCUUCUUUAUGGCCUUUUAUACUUUUUUGACUUUUUGUCCACUAUAUUGUUUGCUUUGUGGCAGAUUUUUUCAGGACAGCUGCAGCACUCACUUCUGUACAUUUUCUCCAUUUGAGUGUCCCAGAUCCUACAUUAUGUCACUUCUCUACUCAAAACCUUCCAUUGGCUUCCAUGUCACAUAAAGGAAGAGUAAUUACUUGGGAAGUCCUACAUGGUAUGGCCUCGUGAUUCAUUUCUGACCUCAUCAUUCACUGUUCACACACCGCCCUGAGUGCUCCUCCCCAGCUGUCCCUAUGCCUCACUUUUCACCUCCUUCUGCUUUGUCCUCAGAAGUUAUUUCCUGAAAAGCCUACUCUUACCUCCAUAUUUAAAAUACCAUGGUAUUUCCCAUUAAUCCUAUUUUAAUGUUCUCAGUAGUACUUAUCACCUAAUAUACUAUAUCAGGUAAUGAUUUGCUAUUCUUAUAUUUCUUACCCACAGAAUAGAAUCCCCAUAAAAGCAGAGAUUGCUAUGCAUUUAUUUGUUUAUAUUCCUAGGAACCCAAAACCUGUAACAGUGUCAGGCACAGUAGACUUUCAAAUAUUUGAUGAGUGAAUGAAGAAACAGUAAAUUCAAGAUCUCAUUUCCUUUAAAGAAAAUAUAACUCAUUGAAAAUGCCUAUAUUAAAAUAUGCCUUGGGAAGAACUGUGAGAAAGAUGCAAACAUUAGAUAAUGAAUUGGGGCAGGGCCACACCUGCACAUUAACCCUUCUUCUAUUACCUGAGUGCUACUACUUUGCAAAAUCAGUUUUUAUCUCAGAGACAUUAGCAGAAAACAGCCACACUCUCCCCCAUGACGUACAUAGCCCGCACAAUCUGGCCUCAGCCACUUUACUAUCUCAUCUGAUUCCACAGGAAGGAAUGAUAUAAUUUUUCAUGGCUCAUUUUGUUUCCUAAGAUUAUACAUAUGUACAGAUGUAGGUGAGGACUUUAAUCCUAAAAACGUCGUUCUUUUCAGAUUGAAUUGUAGUUUUCGACCGAAUGAAAUACAAAACAUCUUUACAAGAUAUACUGGAAGUGAAGUGAUAGUUCACACAGUCUAGUCAACUGGCAUUUUGAUUGAUGAUUUGGGGAGCCUAAGAAGCAGUGGCAACUGGAGAGAAAUAUAUUUAGUAUAAUUUAAUAAUAACCUGAUUUGCAUGUUUUUGUCUGUUGGAAUAAUUACAUAGAUUUACCUCUUAUAUCUUUUAUACCGUUUUAUGUUUAUUUUUUCAGAUUACAGUACAAUCUGUCAAAUGUUUAUGUGUUGAAAAGGCCACUUACUGAUAGAAUAUGGGAAAUACAGGUGAUAUUAUUGAUGAUGCCUUGCUCACCUGCACAUGUUUAUAAGCAAAACAAAACAGUGGAAGACUUAUGAUUCUUUUUGACACUGAACAGAUGUGAAGUUUAUUCUCUUAUUAGUGCCUGCAGGAUGUACAGUUGUUUGUGAUUCCAUCUGACAUACAUAGGAGAGACAGAGAUAGAAGAAUUCUGAUGGCAACUGUGUGAUAGAAGCUAUAUAAAGUCAAGUGUCCAUUUUCUUUCAACUAUAUUUGAGCAUAACCUGUUGUUAAAUUGAUGUCUUUAUGGAGGAGAUGAUUGGUGGAGCCUUCUAUUCUGCCUUCUUGUUCUGCCUCCCAAAGGAUAUAAGGCGUGGAACUGAACAUUUAUUUGGCUGAUCCUCAUCAUGAACCGUGCUUUUAGCAGGAAGAAAGAUAAAACAUGGAUGCAUACACCUGAAGCUUUAUCAAAACAUUUCAUUCCCUAUAAUGCAAAGUUUCUUGGCAGUACAGAAGUGGAACAGCCAAAAGGAACAGAAGUUGUGAGAGAUGCUGUAAGGAAACUAAAGUUUGCAAGACAUAUCAAGAAAUCUGAAGGCCAGAAAAUUCCUAAAGUGGAGUUGCAAAUAUCAAUUUAUGGAGUAAAAAUUCUAGAACCCAAAACAAAGGAAGUUCAACACAAUUGCCAGCUUCAUAGAAUAUCUUUUUGUGCAGAUGAUAAAACUGAUAAGAGGAUAUUCACUUUCAUAUGCAAAGAUUCUGAGUCAAAUAAACAUUUGUGUUAUGUAUUUGACAGUGAAAAGUGUGCUGAAGAGAUCACUUUAACAAUUGGCCAAGCAUUUGACCUGGCAUACAGGAAAUUUCUAGAAUCAGGAGGAAAAGAUGUUGAAACAAGAAAACAGAUCGCAGGGUUACAAAAAAGAAGCAGCAGAAGCAGCAGAUGCUGGAUCCAAGAUUUAGAAACAGAGAAUAUGGAACUUAAAAAUAAAGUACAAGAUUUGGAAAGCCAACUAAGAAUAACUCAAGUAUCAACACCUCCACUGCUGCACAAAAUGUCUGGUCAUGAGCAACAUGGGUUUCAGAGAUGCUCAUCCUCUUUCUGGCGUAGUAGUGGUGAUUCAUCUCCCUGUCUCAAUAUUUCUUCCGUCUCUGUCACUCCUGUCAACUUGCCUGAUUCAAGACUAUCACUUGGAAUGUUAAUACCACCACCUUCUAAAUGUGGCUUUCCCAAGCCAGUCAGUGAGAGCAGCAUCCCAAGACCUCAUGUAGGCAGUAUGGCACCUAAGUCGCCCUCCACUGACAUCUUUGAUAUGAUUCCAUUUUCUCCAACAUCCCACCAGUCUUCGAUACCUACUCGCAAUGGCACACAGCCACCUCCAGUGCCUAGCAGAUCUUCUGAGAUUAAACGGGACCUGUUUGGAGCAGAACCUUUUGACCCAUUUAACUGUGGAGCAGCAGAUUUCCCUCCAGAUAUUCAAUCAAAAUUAGAUGAGAUGCAGGAGGGGUUCAAAAUGGGACUAACUCUUGAAGGCACAGUAUUUUGUCUCGACCCAUUAGACAGCAGGUGCUGAUGUCAAGAACAAGAAAUCCUGACUCAUGUUAAAUGUGUUUAUAUACACAUGUCAUUUAUUAUUACUUUAAGACAGGUAUUAUUCAUGUGCCAAUAUGUUUUUGAAUAUUUUCAUGUUUUGAAAAUUAUUUCAGUUAAAUUUCCUCACCCUCACUAUUGAUCUGUAAUUUUUAUUUUAAAAACAACUUCCUGUAAAGUAGUAGAUCAUACUUUUAUGUUCCUUUCUGUUUCUAUUGUAGAUGAAUUAUAAUUGAAAGACAUAUUAUACAAAUAUCUGCCUUGUGUCUGAGUUCUAUAUAGUUAGCAUCUUGAGAUUUUGUAUUCAUUUUCCCAGAUUUCUAGUUUAUUAAUGAUUUGCCAAAAGCCAUACCUUAAUGAUAGAUAACUUUUUAAAUUCUGAAGAGAUAUACCAACGCCAAACUAAACAUGUUCUGUUUUCAAACUAACAAACAUGUUACUAUUCAUUAGACAGUUAUCAUUUCAUGUAUAAAUACUGUUCACAUCACUGGGAAAAGGUAAACUUUAAAUAUAAUGCCACAAGGUCACUUAAUUCCUAGCAGGUAAAAUUAUAAGGAUAUAAAUUCCAAUAAUAAACCAAAUGUAUUUAGAGUAUUUAUUAGUAAAUGCAAGGUGAUGUUAGUUUUGAUCAGUUAUACUCCAAAUACAUAAUUUGUUUUAUAAAGAUAGUGAACAAAUGAAAAUUUGCUAUUUAUUAAAAAAAAUUUAAAUUUUAUUUCAAAUGAGAUAAGUUACAUUACUAUAAUGGCAAAGCAUCAUCUGAUUUGAUAUUCCCUAAAAAUCAUUUGGAAUACAUGCUAUCUAUAGUUUCAGUGAUAUUACCCAUAUUUACUUUACCAAAUAUAUUUCUCCUCACUGCAUAAGAACUACCCUUCGCAUAUUUUCUUCUUUGAUGAAGAUAUUUUUCACCAAAGUUUAUUUUCUGAUACCCUAUUAUUUUGAUACUUUAAAAUCUGCACCACCUGUUCUGUAUGAAUUAUCAAUAUUAUUUGGUAAAGUCAAUUUGUAUUUGUUUUGUUAAAGUCAAAAAUCUCAGUUUUUCAAAAAAACCUAGCUGCUGCUCAGUCUAGUCUUGAAAAUGAGCAGUAAAAUUCUCUUGCAUUUCAUUCUUGAUAAACAUGUGACAGACUAAUUUGUACUCAGUAAAAUAAAAAUGUAUGGUCAAAAUUUCUAACUUGUUUCAUCACAUUAUAAAAUAAAUAAACUAAAUUAAUGAAAAUGUGACUUAGGUUAGGAGUAGCCCUCAAAAAUAGAUUCAUCUUUCACUCAUGGGAAUUUUCUUCAAGUGUUAAAGGUACAUUUUCACUAGGAAAGAAAUCAAAUAUGCUUACGCAAUAUAUAUUUGUGUGUUUUUCCAUAAUGUUAUAUGGUAUAUAUGAGCCUUCUUGUUUAGUUUCUUUCAUCUGCUAAGUUCUACCUUACUUAGAGGGAAAUAUAUGUUUCAUAAGGAAGAGUCUUUAUAAUUUUGUUUGUCAGAUAGUAUUUUGGAAUUUGUAUGAGGAUGUUUAGAAGCCUUAUAAGUGGCUUUUUUUAACAGAUAGAAUUUGUAUUUUUAUUGUACUUUAAAAAGAUUUAUGUAAUGGGUAUAUAUUUAGUGGCCAUUUAUUAUCAAUGGUAACACAAUAGAGUACUAAGAUGGUAUUUGCACACUUAAGAUAUGUUACUUUACCAAUUUUUAAUGGUAAUCAACUCUGCUACUGGCAUGAUUAAAUAGUACAUAAUCGGUCAUUAUUUCUCCAGUGCGUUUUUAUGAAGAUCUGGUUGAAAAUUGUAUUUCUAUGUAAACUCAAUGAUAUGUUUGGUUUUCCUGAAAAUAAAUGAUUUUAGAUAAAUUAAA